AAAACGCGACCUUUUUUGCUCGUAUAUUCGGCGGAUAUCGCGAGACGCGAGCACAAAUUGCUGCUGUCGUCAUCAAAGCGGCGCCAUAACUGAUUUUGGCGCCCAGAAUCAACCACCUCCACAAGAACUCAAUCCAACUACCUUAAUUACUCUGAACUUCAGCUCAUAAUCCCUCUCAGAUAACUCCGAAUCCGAAUCCGUAUCCGUAUCCGAUGGGCUUGGGAUUCCGUCUUAGAACGGCGCCGCCGUGUUCCUCCACCUUGUUCUGUCAGCGCAGGCCAAAACCCGCCACCACCACCACCAGAAUCCUAUGCUGCAUCAGCGGCCCGGCAGACUCCACGUCAUCACCCGCCACGCCAUCAUCUCACAGCCGGAGAUGGUACAACUACAACUCCGUCCGUAAGAAACCCAAUUCCUUGGACCCAAACGUUGACCGCCGUUGGGUUUCUGCAGACUUUAGUGACAGUUCUCUUCUUCUUUCUGAAGAGAGAUUGACGAUUGUGUCGUAUAAUAUUCUGGGGGAUAAAAACGCUUCAAAUCAUUGGGAUUUGUACAGAAAUGUGGCGUCAAUUUACCUGAGAUGGGACUACAGGAAAAGGGUUAUAUGCGAAGAGUUACUUGAUUUGAAGCCUGAUAUUAUUUGCUUACAGGAGGUGGACAAUUACAAUGAUCUUCAAGAAGUUUUACAGAACACUGGAUACCAAGGUUCCUAUAAGAGGCGUACUGGCACGUAUGUGGAUGGUUGUGCAAUGUUUUGGAAAGCUGAUAAGUUACAAUUAUUGGAGGAGGAGAGCAUUGAAUAUAAGCAAUAUGGACUACGUGAUAACGUCGCUCAACUUUCUGUUUUUAAGAUGUGCAAAGCUAAAUCAAGAACCAUAAUUGUUGGUAACAUUCAUGUGCUUUACAAUCCAAGGCGAGGAGAUAUUAAACUUGGCCAAAUUCGUCUUCUUUUAUCGAGGGCACACAUACUCUCCAAGAAAUGGGACAACGCGCCUGUGGUACUCGCUGGUGAUUAUAAUAGCACUCCCCAGGGUGCUAUUUACAAAUUCUUUAAAUUUUCUGAGUUGAACAUCAUGCUACAUGACAGGGGAGAGUUGUCUGGACAGAAAAAUUGCCGUCCAAGUCCAGCUCUUGGUGUGAGAAGACAAAAGAACUCUCUUUUUGCUUUGAUGGAUAGAUUCUUGAAUACUAGCUGGACAGCAGAAGAGAUUGGAACUGCCACUGGGGACGCCCAGAGCCGUAUACUUACCUCCCCUUUUAAACUCAACAGUUCCUACGCCAUGGUGAAGGAUCCUUCAGGAGAAACACGUGACUCCAACGGUGAACCUUUGGUCACUUCUUAUCACUCAAAAUUCUUCGGAACAGUGGAUUAUUUGUGGUAAAUUCAGCUAAUGCCGUUCAUGGAAGCCUUUUUCCGAGUUGAGAGUGCUAUUUUUUGGUGAAACCUCUUUUGGUCCUUUCUGCAGGUUCUCUGAUGGUAUAGUACCCACAAAAGUUCUGGAUACGUUACCGGUUGAUGUUCUCAAGAAGAUAGGUGGUCUCCCAAGCCAGGUAAAAUAUAUUUAUGGACAAGAUUUUACUGGUCUUGUUGUCUAAAUAAAUCAGAUAGAAUAGCUAUCUCAACCAAUAAUGUGCUGCUUUUAAGUUUGCAGUUUAGUUGUGGCUUGAAAGUUCAUAGUCCUGUCAUCGUGAAUAUAUCUGUCAGGGAAGACUCAUCUGUUAAUUCCAUUAGGGCUUCAGGACCUAUUAUUGUUUCUUAUGCCAUUUGUUUUUUUGGUACGAAUAUCAGAAACUAGGUAGCGAUCACUUGCCAUUGGUAUCAGAAUAUGCUUUCACUCAAGAUGCAAAAGAUGAAAAUGAGGCUGGGAAUGUUGCAAUCUCGUAAGCACUCAAGUUCUGCCCUGCUCUGUCAAUUGUCAGGCAAGGGUCAAGUAGGAAGACUUCAUCUAUGAUUCUGUUCAAAGAAGAAUUUGGUGCUAAUACUUCACAGGAAUGUAAAAAAAAGAACUUUGUUUCUAGUUCUGUACCUAUGUAAUGAACGAAAAUUUGUAUGUAUGCUGCGGUUUUUUCAAAUAGGCAUCAGAUAGAGAAAUGAUCCUACUUUAAGGUCUUUGAAUUUUGACCUUUAAAUUUAAAGCAAGUUGCUCCUCUGGAUACUAUUCCUUUUGUAAUGUAGUAACAAUCAAAUAUUUUACAAUUAUUAACAUUAUAAAUAAGGCCAGUUGGAG